GGGGGGCCAACUGUUGAAAUGGAAGAUUAAAACUAUCGAGAUAUCCCCUAAUUCAUUUCUUGGAUCAACAAAAACCCCCAUUUUGAAAAUUCGUCUUCCUCAUACAGAGAGAUUCGGCGAUCGUCCUUCUCAUUCCUAUUAUCUUCUUGAUUAUUGCACUCAAUUGUGAUCUGGCAUAUCAAAGGGGUUGCGUAGUAGAAAAUGGUGAAGAUGACAAUGAUUGCUCGUGUUACCGAUGGUCUCCCAUUGGCAGAGGGACUGGAUGAUGGCCGUGAUAUGCAAGAUUCUGAAAUGUACAAGCAGCAGAUCAAGGCUUUGUUUAAGAACCUUUCCAAAGGACAGAAUGAGGCCUCAAGGAUGUCUAUUGAAACAGGGCCUUAUGUUUUUCAUUAUAUCAUUGAAGGACGAGUUUGUUAUCUGACAAUGUGUGACCGUUCUUAUCCGAAGAAACUUGCCUUUCAAUACCUUGAAGACCUCAAAAACGAGUUUGAGCGUGUGAAUGGGGCUCAAAUAGAAACAGCUGCUAGACCUUAUGCCUUCAUUAAGUUUGAUACGUUCAUACAGAGGACAAAGAAAUUGUACCAGGACACUCGUACUCAGCGGAAUAUUGCAAAACUGAAUGAUGAGCUUUUUGAAGUCCACCAGAUAAUGACUCGCAAUGUACAGGAAGUUCUUGGUGUUGGUGAAAAAUUGGACCAGGUCAGUCAAAUGUCCAGUCGCUUAACAUCAGAGUCUCGCAUAUAUGCUGACAAAGCAAGAGACUUGAAUAGACAGGCUUUAAUUCGGAAAUGGGCACCUGUUGCCAUUGUGUUAGGCGUUGUUUUCCUCCUCUUCUGGGUCAAAACAAAGCUGUGGUGAUCCAACUUCCUGUUCGCGCAUAUUAUUUGUGGGUUUCUCCGUGGUAGCAUUUGGUUACCUGUUUCUGGCACACUAGUGAUGCGCCCCACAUUAGGCCUCAAACAUGUGUCAAGGUGACUUUUUGAUUUGGUCAUGGGGCAAUCUCUGCUCAAGCUUCUCUAGAGUCAAUUUGCGAUAUGGAAUUAUGAAAGAGAGACCCUUUUGCCUUUGCCUCUCGAACAAAUUAAGGAACCAGGCAUUUUAAAUUCAAAAUUUAAGGAUUUUGUACCAUAGUGGCUCUAUAGAGGCGUUGAUUGAUCAGCACAUUCAAUACUAGAUAAUCUUACCCUGUUCGAUUUUGGCAUCUGCUGUUAA